GGUAGGCCGCGGAGCGGCGAGCGGCACCUGCGCCUGAGGGGAGCCUGUCUCCGGAUGUCCCUCGUCCCGCCGCAGGUGAACCCCGCCGCAGGUGAACCCCGCCGCACUCUCUGACGGACAUCCCACCUCGCCUUCCACUGUCCCUGCCCCGUUCCGGUCUGGCUGCCUUCCUGCCUUUCUCCGCUUCGCUCUCCCUCGGGCUGGGCUCUCUGUGCCAUCCCACGGGGCCCCUCGGCGUGUCCCCCGGGCGGGGGCGGUUGCCUGGGACUGUGAGCCGUCUGAGGGCCGUCCGGUGAGCAGCCGUAGCGCUGCGCUCGGCCGGAUUUCGUAAGCGUCUUUGAGGUUGUUCACUUUCAGACCAGCUGAGAAGGGACCAUGGGAGUUCAAGGGCUUUGGAAACUGCUUGAGUGUGCUGGGAAGCCUAUAAACCCAGAAACUCUAGAAGGAAAGAUUCUUGCUGUCGAUAUCAGUAUUUGGUUGAAUCAAGCAAUAAAGGGAGCCAGAGAUCGUGGUGGUAAUUCCAUACAGAAUGCUCACCUCCUCACUCUGUUUCAUCGACUCUGCAAGUUACUGUUUUUCAGAAUCCGACCUGUCUUUGUUUUUGAUGGAGAGGCACCUCUUCUGAAGAGACAGACCUUGGCUAAGCGAAGACAAAGAAAGGAGAUGGCCAUUAGUGAUUCCAGGAAGACUACGGAGAAACUCUUGAAAACCUUUUUAAAGAGACAAGUUAUCAAAACUGCACUUACGGGCAAAAGGAAAGAAGCUUUGCCCAGUAUUACACAAGUUCGAAGAGAAGGAAUUGAUGAUAUGUAUGUAUUGCCUACUUUAGAGGAAGAAGAGAAGAACAGUUCAGAGGAGGAAGAGGAAAAAGAGUGGGAAGUGAGAAUGACCCAAAAAAAGAUGUUACAGGAAGAAUUAUGUGAAAAUCCUCAUUCUGUAGAUAUUGAAUCAGAAGAUUUCAACAAGCUGCCUCCAGAAAUAAAACAUGAAAUCUUGACUGAUAUGAAAGAAUUUACGAAGCGAAAAAGAACAUUAUUUGAAGCAAUGCCAGAGGAGUCCAAUGACUUUUCCCAGUACCAGCUUAGAGGUUUGCUUAAGAAAAGCAACCUCAAUCGGUGCAUAGAAAAUGUAGAAAAAGAAUUGAAUCAACAGCAGUCGGGUGAAAUCCAAACACAGUAUGAAAAUGAAGGUGGUUUUGUGAAAGAAGUGGAAUCUAGGAGGGUAGUCUCUGAAGAUACUUCUCACUAUAUCCUAAUAAAGGGUAUUCAAGCAAAUGAAACUACAAGCAGAGACUUGGAAGCUGUUGCGGGACCCUCAUCAAAAAUGCUUGAAUUUACUAAAUUGAAUAAAAGCAGUGAAUCUCCUGCUAGUGCAAAGCUAGUUGUGUCUGACAAGUUGCAGACGGAGGAAAAUAACAAUAUGGUGACAGCACCACCCUCUCCUCGGACUUUGCUUGCUAUCCAGGCAGCUAUGGUGGAAAGCAGCUCAGAAGAAGAAUUGAUGGAUGAAGAUACAAGACGGUUGAAAGUGGACCAAUCUGUGACAGAGGAAGGUGCUGUGUCUCCAAGAACACUACAGGCUAUCCGUCAAGCUCUGAGUGAUGAUGAUAAAAGGGAGGAAGUUGUUACUGUUAGAACCAUUGGAGUCCUACCAGAAAGAUCAGAAGUGAAAGAUUUUCUGCUUAGUAGCUCAGAUGAAGAUGUUACUGUUAAAACUGUUGGAGUGCUACCAAAAAGAUCAGAAGCGAGGGAUUUUCUGCUUAGUAGCUCAGAUGAGGAAGACCAGAUUCCUGAAGUUGAAGAGGUAAAAAAGCCCCCUACAUCUACAAUUCAUUUUCCAGACCAAGUGAUUGUGCAAGAUGCUGAAUUUGAAAAAAAGAGUCAUGAGUUGAAAGAAAAUGGUAUUGCACCCAGUGUAUCCAGAGAUGAAAAUAAUUCUAGUAUUGACAGUACUAGAAAAGACAAAGAAGAUGUAGACAAACAAGAAAAUAAUUCCCAAAUGGACUUAAAUUCUUCCGAACAUAAAGAUCUAAGCUUGUGCACGCAGAAGGCAAACUGUCCCCCUGAACAAACUAGUGUAAGAGUUUUAACUCGUGCUGAAGCAACAGACCUUUCUAAAACUGAGGAGAACCUGAAAAUUCCUGAAAAUACAGAGGAAGUAAUUUCACAAACAGAAGAGAAAGUACCUGAGGCACAAAAGGAUAUUAGAGUUUUUCCAGAAGCAAAAGAUCCCGAGGAGGAAAGAGGAGGGGUAUCACAGUCGGAAGACAGUGAUUCUGAUGGCAGCUUUAUUGAAGUGGAUACUGAAAUCGGUAACGAGGCCGAGUUUCCUACUAAAUACGAUGAAAAACUAGGUGAUGAAACAGCACCUCCAGAAGUGGAGACAGACACACAUGAUACUGUCACACAGGACUUGAUGAAGGAGUCUGAUGAAGUGCAGUUGGCGAAUGAUCAGAAUGUUGAAAGAGAAGAUAGUAAAGAUGCAUCAGAUGAGUGGCAGGACAUCAGUUUGGAAGACCUGGAAGAAUUAGAAAAUGACCUUUCUGCUGAGCAGAAUAUACUUCAGUCUCAAAAACAGCAGCAGGAACGUGUUGCUGCUUCUGUAACAGGACAGAUGUUCUUGGAAAGCCAGGAGCUUCUCCGCCUGUUCGGCAUUCCGUAUAUCGAAGCUCCCAUGGAGGCGGAGGCACAGUGUGCUCUGUUGGACCUCACCGAUCAGACCGCUGGGACCAUCACCGAUGACAGUGACGUUUGGCUCUUCGGUGCACGACAUGUUUAUAAAAAUUUCUUCAGCCAAAACAAAUAUGUGGAGUAUUAUCAGUACGUUGAUUUUCAAAACCAGCUAGGGUUGGAUCGAAGCAAGUUAAUUAAUUUGGCGUACUUGCUUGGAAGUGACUACACUGAGGGCAUCCCAAAUGUUGGCUUUGUAACAGCGAUGGAGAUUUUAAAUGAAUUUCCUGGGCAUGGCUUGGAACCUCUCUUAAAAUUCACUGAGUGGUGGAAUGAGGCUCAGAAGAAUAAGAAAUUGAGACCUAAUCCCCAUGAUACCAAAGUCAAGAGGAAACUGCGGGAGCUGCAACUUUCAUCAGGUUUCCCGAAUCCAGCAGUGGCAGAAGCAUACCUGAAGCCUGUGGUGGAUGAGACGAGGAGUUCCUUCAUUUGGGGGAAGCCUGAUAUAGAGCAGAUCAGAGAAUUCUGUCAGGAUCACUUCGGCUGGACUAGGACAAAGACAGAUGAAAUACUUUUGCCCGUGGUUAAGCAGCUGAACUUGCAGCAGACUCAGCUUCGAAUUGAUUCAUUCUUCAGGCUGGCACAGCAUGAAAAACUGACCAUUAAAAGUCAAAGACUGCGCAGAGCUGUGACGUGUCUGAAGAGGAAGGAAAAAGAAGCAGCCGAUGAAAUUCGGGAGGCAACCGCUAUUAUGGAGACUGAACUUGAACAGCAUGAUCAAAGGGAAUGGGAAGCCACAGGCUCUGCAAAUCAUCAGGCGACAGAUGUUCAAAGUGGAAAGAGAAGAAAACAUUCAGAGUCCAGAAAGGAACAUUUAUAUGCAGGUGGUUUUGUUGGGAAUUUAUGUCUUUCAGAAACUUCUAGUGAUUCCUCAGUAGAGGAAUCAGAAGGUAGAGACUUAGGCAAGAGCAAAAGGAGGAAAACUGCCUCAGUAAUGGAGACAGCAGACCAUAGAGAGAAAAAGGGCUGCAGUAGCUCGAGUGAUGAGGAUGAAGAACUGGGAAACAUAGUCAUGGUGACUGCCAAACCAGUGUUUGAGGGCAGAAAAAACAAGUCAAAGACUAAGAGAGGAAGAACAAAGAAAAAGUCUUAAAGAAAAAAAAAGUCUUAAAAAAGAGAGACUGUGUGUGGGUUUUUUGACUUAUAUUCUAAUGAAUUUUUGAUAAAUAAUAAAUUAUCCCUAUUUCUCA